AUGCGUCCGCUAGCUCUCGUUCUCGCGAGCUACUUCUACCUCCUACAAGUCGCCUACUGCCAGGAAUUGUCGGUCAUCAGACACACCGAUGGAGAUAUCUUUACUAUCGAAGGUUCUUGCACGGAAGCCUGCACGGUGCUCAGCAGCGGUACCGCCAGUCCUUAUUCCCGAAGUUCCUCAGGUUCGAGUCUUCUUGUGCCGAACAGUUCCUGCACGUGCCAGUGCAACUUUGAUUUACCAAUUUUCCGAGAAGACCUCCAUAUAUGCGUCAACGAUAUUCUCGAGUGCAAUGUCGCGGGUUUCGUCAGUAACAACGGCAACGUGGAGAGCGUGCCGUACGUCUUCCUGCCGCAGCGGGGACAGAUAAUAUAUCCGCAUGCGGAGAUUCGCUUCGAAGGUGUGACCACUCCUGUGUGCGGGAUCGCAGGUGCCCAGCAAUUGGGCAGGGCGGGAUGGUCCGAGCUGAGGAAUCUCUCCGACGCCGAGCCGCCCUUCAGACUGUUCCGAGACGAAGGCAGGACAUUCCUCCAGUGGAUCGGCGAAGCUGGUCUGAGAGACGCGGCGGAGGGACGAGUCGUGACGGUCAAGCUGGUCUGUAGAGACGCAUCGCCGAAGUCAAUGUAUCCCGGGGUUUUUACACCCUGCGUGGCCUUCAGGGUGGCCGGUUCACCGUCGAAAAAUUACGUACGAGAAGUGAUGUUCGCGUCGACGUCGCAAGUUUCCCAAGGUCUAUCAGCCACGGAGUACACCGCUAUCGGCCUCUCUUCCGUGAUCUUGGCCCUUAUAUACGUGGCCAGUGUGUCGUUAUACCUGCACAGCAGAAAAGCGAAGAGAAAAUCCAUCGAGGAAGCGCACGUCACUCUGGACGGCGGUCGAGAUGGCGGCGGAUUAGUGAAGAGCAAUCCGUUGUUGGUCGCUACGAGACACUUCGAGAGCGACACUAACAGCGGACUUACCGAGAGCGAUUUAGGCGAUGAUCUUCCUCCGAGCGACAGUGAGCAGGGUUUCGAAAACCAGAUCACGUCCGCGAUCGUUCAUCCGCACUGCGUCUAUCUGGAACAAUCGGAAGGGCUCUUCGCGACGGGUUCUAUUCUGGGCGAGAGACUGCCGGAAGAGGAUGUACGCGUCGUGGAGACGGCUGACAACCCACAUCAGCAGGAUGUACCGGUUCUUCCAGGUGCUCAACGGAGGAAAUUGUACUUCAAUCCCGCGUACUUCGAUCGACAGUUACUACUGGCCCCACCUCCGGCUGCCAUCGAGUUCCUGCUCAAAAUCCGAGAAGUCAUCUCCAUCGCCAAGCACAAGAUGGCAGCGAAGAGAUUCGUUCCUACUCUCACCGGUAUCCCGGAAGAGGAGAGCGGCUCCGAGCGAUGCGAGUCGGCCAAAUCGAGCAAGCAUCAGCAGAGGACGACGCCGAGUUCCGGGCAAGGUUCGGCCGCGAAAUCACGUCGGUCCCAACGGUGCACCGGCUGUCCUGGCUGCAGCGACUCGCCCCGUCAGCUUCCGGCGUUGCCCGCGCUCGACCUGCCCAGCCACGGUGAGAGCAAGGUGCGUGCCUGGCUGGAGGACGUCCGUCCGCCGCAGCGUCGUUGGAGGGACGCCGAGGACACGCGUCGGAACUUUCAGGAGAACGCCAGGACGUUCGCCAGGAGCCUGGAAUAUCUCAAGGAACUGGCGAGGCGCGACUUCGCCGAGCCGGACGGUGCGAAUCUGGCCGGCAAGUCGGUGUCCUCGUGGAAAGAGAAUCCGCCGAUGCUGCGGACCUUCCAGAACAUCGCCCGAAGCGAGAUCCUGGAGAACGACGAUCGCUACAGCGUGUCCAGGCGGUCGACCAAGUCCAUGUUCGAGGAGUCCGAGUACGAGCGUUACGCUCGCGGCAAGAGGAACCGGCCGGCGUAUCAGUUCGCUGGCGACGACGCCGUGAACGCGAAGGUGCGCAAGGCUAUCGAGAAUUCCUUCAUCAAGCAGAUGGAGGAGAGCGCGGCUAUGGAGAAAGAGAAGUGUGACGGUGCGAAGGACGACAAGAAGAAUAGCAAGAGCGAGGCGGAGGAGGAUGAAGAAGAGGAGGAAGAGGAGGAGGCGGAGAGAGAGCGACGGAAGAAGAAGCCGGAAGCGAGCGACAAGGUGGAGAGCAAAGUGGAGAAGGCGCCUGAGCAGCCGACGAACUCGGUGCCGAAGAGGUCGAGGAAGUCGUCGAAGGCGCCGAGCGCGCCGCCGUCGCUGCUGGCGAAGAAGGAGCUGCCGGACAUGAUCAACGAGCUGCCCGGCGCGAAGAACACAGCGAAGCGCAUCAUGGACGCGGUCAUACGCGAGAUGGUGGACGUGAAAGCGUUGGAACACCACACCCGCUCGUCGGCGGUCGCCGACUACGAGGUGGACAGUCUGGAGCGCUCCAAGUGCAGCCGGAAGUCAUCGACGUCGCCGGAGUCGACGGACCAGUCGAGCCCGGCGCUCUCCACGGCGCUGCCGAUGGACGAGGAGCUGACGAUGCAGAACGCCGUCAUCAACACGCGCACCGGCGAGAUGACCAUGUCGAAGCUGAACAACCAGAUCCUCUUCGAGAGGAACUACUACAACAGCCUGCCGGAGCUGAUCACGCAGAGGGCGGAGAUGUACUCGUUGGUGAGCGAGGUCUACGUGAACGACGGCUACACCAGCCCGGCCUGCAGCGACGACUCCGGCCCGGAGAUCCAGUACGAGCCGGAGAACCCGGGUCACCUGACCAUCAAGGUGCAGGACUCGCCGGAGAACUACGUAAAGCUCGACGAAUCCGAAUACGAGCCCGACACGUUGGACCGGAAGCCGAUGAAGCUGCGCAUCAACGAGGACGUGCAGUACGAGCAGGAGAUCUCCAACGAGGUCUUCGUGGACUCGCUGGAGAGACCGGCGCAGAUUCUGCUGAGGAGCAGAGGCAGCUUCCGCGACGACGACUCGACGCAACGGAGAUCGCAACGCGGUCGCGGGGCCGGCGGCAGCCUGCGCGAGAUCUACGAGGCGAAGAUCAGGUCGGGUCAGAAGGAUCCGACGCCGACGAGCGGCGCGGAGUGCCGGAUGAUGAACGGCGGCGAGUCCGAGGAGAACACGCUCUCGUGGAAGAAGUGCCGCUACCUGACUCCGGACAGCAGGCAAGCGAAGAGGCAACGGCAGCCGUACAACCGGCCGGACGUCGUGCCGCCACCGCCGACGGAGGAGGAGAUCUACCAGCGGCCGAAGCCGCCGCGACGCGUCGAGGACGCGAAAGCGUCGCCGUCAAAAAACGUCUGGGACAGGAGUCCUGUCGAAGCGGGUGACCCUACGGCCAGCAACGGCGCUCCUGUCCCGAACGACGGAUACCACCAUGUAGGGAACGAGACCCGUCUCUACGCGUCGCAGAUUCGCGCGGACUCGUCGGGCGAGCAUGAACUCUACGACGAGCGGCAGCAGCAGCGGACGGACCUCGUCGCUCCCAAGGAGCUCUCCGAGCGCGGCGUGGCCAAUAGUUGCAGGGACUGCGAGACGCGCAUCGAGAUCGAAGGUUCCGCAGGCAGGUACGGGAAGGAGGACGCGUCACCCAAGGCGACGAGGACUGUGCGGGAGAAGCGGCCGGUCGUCGCGAGUCCGUCGCACAGGAGCUUCGCCAAGGCGCGAUCGUCGUGGGGUAACGUCGAUCAUCAGCGAGAAGACGAGGACAGGCUGAUCGACGGCGGUCGCGUCGUCGUGCCCGAUCGGCAAGUGUGCCAGAGGAAGGGCUUGAACUACGGCAGGGCGCAGGGCUGUUCCAGGACGCGGCAGUCGGCGAAGGGGCUCUCGCGAGGCUGCGACUCCGCGAGCAACGCGAUCCUACCGCUGAUGAGCGGGGACAAUCGGCGCGGCCGGGGCGCGAAGGUCGAGGACAGCGGCUACCUCAGCAGCACCGACAGCAACGGCUCGCACAAGCGGCUGCUGAGGCACGAGGUGAGCAGCGUGUCCGAAACCGACGAGACCGAGUCGGUGUGCGACGGCGCCAGCGAGAGCGGCGCCGAGAGCGUCGGCACCGACAGCGUGUUCUUCGGCAACUUCCGCAGGCUGUCCGAGAUCUCCAAGAGCGCCGACUCGGGAGUCGAUCUCGAGGCGAGGAGCGCGUACUACCACCAGGCGCCGUACGGCGCGAGGAACGAGACCGCCGGCCCCGAGAGAACGAACUUCAGCAACAGCGACAGCGAGACCGAGAGCUUGGUCACCGUGCUGCCACCCUGCGGCAGCCGCUGCCACAGUCUGGUAGCGUGAGAACGACUCUUGUGGAAUUUUUCAUUAUAGAUAUUUCUCGUAGAUGUAAGUUGCUCGCUUUGGAAAUGUCACGAGGUCGAUUGUGUGUUUUAAGACGUGAGAGUUAAAAGAAAGUGUAAGCGAAUUUAUUGGAAUAUUUAUAGUUUCAUUGGUCGAUAUCUAAUGAAUCACGACUCACUUUUGUAGUUCUCUCUACCUUUUGAGAUAAACAAUUGGACCGCAGGUCGCGAGACUUGGAACAGAAUUUUUACAGUCGAACCUCCUUUCGGAUUAUUUUCUGUUAAUACUUUGUUA